AUGGAGGUCGAUUCCAUAAAGGAAAUGUUUUUAGCCUCCGAGGAAAAAUAUGGCGUCAAAUAUUUAAAUUAUAUAGGAGAUGGUGAUUCCAAGACGUUUAAUGCUAUUCUUAAAGAAAACCCUUAUGGAGAUGAUAAUCCAGUCACAAAAAAUGAAUGUAUCGGUCACGUCGCAAAAAGAAUGGGCACCCGGCUUCGAAACGUGAAAAAACAUCAUAAACUUGGCGGACGAGGUAAAUUAAUUGAAGGUUUGAUAAAAAAAAUCAGUCUCUAUUACGGCCUUGCAAUUCGAAGAAAUAUUAACAGCGUUGAAGACAUGAAGAAUGCCAUUUUAGCAACGUAUUAUCACAUGAUUUCAACGGACGAAAACCCAAGACACGAGUACUGCCCUCUUGGCGUUGACAGUUGGUGUAAAUGGAACAAAGCAGAAGCAAGUGGAAUUGAUCCAUCAAGUUUAAAGCACCCUGCACCAAUGCACAAAGAUAUUCAAGAGCAUGUAUUCCCGAUAUUUGAAAAUUUAUCCAACGACGAUUUGCUGCAGAGAUGUUUAGGUGGCCACACACAGAACGCUAACGAAAGUUUCAAUGCCACAAUUUGGCGUAUCGCCCCUAAACAUCUUAAUUCCGGCCUUAAAAUCACGGAAAUUGCAGCAUACUUGGCAGCAGGAAUUUUCAAUGAGGGAUUUUCGUCAAUUCUACGGGUCAUGCAACAAUUAGAAUUGACAAUCGGCACGUAUUGUAUGUCCUUUGCCAACAAGCGCGACGAGAUCCGCGUUUCGCAAGAAGAGCAUCGCAGCCAUUCAGCCUCAAAAAAAGCUCGAAAAGCACGAACAGACCGAUUAUUGACCCAAAAUGCGUUAUUCGAGGAAGCCGAAGGACUUUUGUACGGUGCUGGAAUCGCUGAUUGAUCUAUUCCAUAUUUUUAAAACGCUAGAGUGCUCGCCAAUGAAAAUCGAGCUGAACUUCAACAGACUGCACAUCCGCC